AUGAAGCUGCUUUACCUCUCAAUGCUCCUGUUAGUCUUUUUGACUAGACUGGAAGCAAGACCUCAGAUUACAGGUAAGACAAAAAGAAAUCUCAAAUAUGUCAAAAAUGCCUGGAAAUAAUAUGUAAAAGCUUACUACAGAUCUAACAUCAGUUAUCAGAUGGUGUUUCUCAUCACAUAGGAACACAAGUGUAGAUCUGUUUAAAAUCUAUUUUCUGACGAUGGGAGGACCUUUAUAUAUUCUCUUUGUUUUAUUCCACCACUUGAUGAGUUGGAUUAUAUCAAAAUACUUCUCUGUAGCUUGUAAAUUCGGUACCAAGGAUACAGAACUUGGCGACCUUGCUGGCCUCCCCAUCAUCUUCAACAGUGUUGCUCUAUCAAUAAUCGUUAUCUGUGAUUUCAUAGAAAAUGUGUAAAGAGCAGAACAUUUAAGGAAUGACUACAGUCAUGAUCUGUUUCACUGAUUCUUGUAUGAUAAAUUGAACUUUUAAUCCACCAAGUAUAGGGGAGCAGUUUCAAACCCCCAUCAGUCAGGAAGGGCAAAAAAUACCACCAACAGGUGGACAAUGGAGAUCAUUGACAUGUAGCUAUAUAACUAUGUAUUUAUGUUUCAUCUUCUUCAGAAACACCAGCAAAAAAGCACAUAAAAGUAAAACAAGGCUGAUUUUUGCUUUCCAGAAAAUGUAUACACAGUUGAAAAAUGCAGGUUUUAGGAUUAAUGUUAAGCUAAAAUAUUGUAGCAAAAUAUAACUUUUUUGUUAUUUUUUGGUACUAUUUUUAAAUUGUUCUUGUGCAUCCAUCACAUAAUUGAUUCAUUUAAAAAAACAAAAAAAAAAAACAGAUAAAGGGAUAUACUUGCAAUUUUGUAGCAUAUAAACUCAUGUGUUAUAAUGUGAUAUAAAGGCCAGAUAUUCUAAAAAAAAAAAAAAAGCAUAAAUAGUCUUUUAUCUGAAAAAGCAAGUAAAACCCCACUAAGACUGCACAGAAGGUGGUCUCCAUGGAUCAGCAAGGCCUGUCUGCCAAGAGAUUUACAAAGACUGAACUUUUUCCAGGCAUUUGAAAUUCGAUUUGCUGUACAGACUUGCGACAUGCUAGGGAAAUAUCUGUAACCUCAAACAACCACAGCUUAUUUAAAGAGAGCCCUUUUGUUUGUAGACUUUACACAUGAUCUAAAAGCAAACAUUUUGCUUUGCCAAAAUUAUGUCAAUAUGCCACAUUUUGCUUCCUUUGCUGCUGCGGUAAAAUCCUGAUGUUCAAGCAAACUUAAAUAAUGCUUUACUGUUUUAAUAUGACAAGACAUACUGUAUGCCUUACAUUAAGGCAGGAGAAUACAUCUCCAACUAACCUAAUUCCCAUCAUGAGCUGCCAUUUGUAGUCUAGAUUAAACUGAUGGGAAUUUUUCAGCAUCAUUUAUAAUGUUGUAGUUUACCAUCAUCCCUCGGUCACUGCAGCAGUUGUUAUGAGGACUAUGUAUUAGGAACUGUUGCAUCUGUGUGCAAGGUCUUUUUUGUAACUGAGGACCAAACGUUACAUGUUUUAGAUAUAUUUUAAAUGUUGUAUAUUUUUUAUAGAUAUGUGCAGGUUAUUGUAAUUCUUUGUUUUUUACCAUGAUUACUUAUGCAUCUGUGAGUUAACAAUUCAAUAUGAAGUGCCACACAUAGAAAUAUGAUGUAGCUUUCAUUUUAUCCUCACAGGAAAUUUUGCAUCUUUACUACACAUUUGUCACUUUUCUGUAAAAUUAUUAGACAAGAAUUCCCUCUCAUAUGACUGCUGUGCAUUUUAAAAAUGUAAAAGGUGCGCAUGUUUCAAAUCCUGAUUAAACACCUAAAUAAAAAAUAAAGUUUUUUUAUUAUUAAAAUAUUAUUAUAAUUCAAAAAUAAAAAAAUAUCAUUAAAUUUUAUUUAGCUUGCCAACUUUAAUUAAUUAAAAUGCUGUCCAGUAAACCUAGCACUUGGAUCAUGUGAAAAAUGUGUUAUAUAUUUUUUCAAGGCAGCUUUUUAUCUACAAAAAGACAUGGGAUCUCAUGAAAUUACCAGCAGUAAAAUAUAAAAAUGUUGGUAAGAGUAUUUAUCAGCUAUAUUCUACAUUCAGUUUUUAUGCAACAGAAGAAAGGUUUCAUCACAAAUAAAUCAUCAAUAAAAUUAUUUGGCACUCCCAUAAUCUUUGCAUCCCUACUGUCUGACAUGUUUUCAGUACAGAGAAAACCCUAUUAUAUCUGGACCUCUCAGCCAGGUAAUUCUAUAAUUCUAUAACACUAUGAUCCCUUCAAUGAGAUGAAACAGUUAUGGUACCUACAAUGUCUCUUUAAUUAACUUUGUCACUGUCGUUGUUGAAAACCGCUAACCACUACUCAAACCCACAGCACUGAGAAGGUUUUUGAAAACCACAGUGCUGUGGUGCAAUGGGGAGAGAUCAUCAACCCUUGCUCUACACAGUUAAAUUAAAAAGAAACUCUGGGGCUUCAAGACGCAGAUGAAUGAGUCAAGAGAUAAAGAUCCAAGUUCCUCCUUACUCAAUGUAUGCCAAAUAGAGAUCUUGAAAAAACUGUGAAGGGUUCCCCUGGCAAAUGAUGAGUUAUAUCCAUAUCUACCACCAAUUUUUCAUCCUCCAUUUCCUGAACAUAUAUAUUAAAUUUGUUUCCAAAUGGUAUAUUCAACUCUCAGAGUACAGACUAGUUUCAUUUUUUCUUUGCAGAAGAGCAUACAAUCUGAAUUAUUAAUUUAACUGUACUCAGUAGAGAGAUGUAUUUUGGUAAUUUGUUUCUUAAUUUUUAUUUCUGUUUCUAUAUUUCAGAGAAAAAAUGUAAAACUGGUCCAAUGGAUCUUGUCUUCAUAAUUGAUAGCUCGAGAAGUGUUCGACCUUUUGAGUUUGAAAGCGUGAGAAAGUUUAUGAUUGAUAUCAUUAAUUCACUUGACAUUGGUCCUACAUUGACAAGGGUGGGAGUAGUACAAUACUCCAGUCAAGUACAAAAUGUUUUCUCUCUCAAGACCUUUUCUAAAAAGUCUGACAUAGAAAAAGCAAUAAAUGAAUUCGUUCCUCUGGCACAAGGAACAAUGACCGGCCUGGCAAUCCAGUACGCCACAAAUGUUGCCUUUACCAUUGAAGAAGGAGCUAGGCCAUUGUCACAAAGAAUUCCAAGAGUUGCAAUUAUUGUGACUGAUGGUAGACCUCAGGAUCGUGUUACAGACGUGGCAGCUCAGGCUCGUGAUGCUGGUAUAGAAAUCUAUGCAGUUGGUGUCCAAAGGGCAGAUGUAACUUCACUAAGAGCCAUGGCUUCCCCACCACUUGAUGAUCAUGUUUUCCAUGUUGAAUCAUUUGAUCUCAUUCAGCAUUUUGCAAUUCAGUUUCAGGAUAAGCUAUGUGGUGAGUUAAAACUGUUUUAGUUUCACUAUUCAACAUUCAUUUUGGAUUGUAUACACCCCACUAAAGUAUAUAGUUGGCCCAUAUCAUUUGGGGGGAAAAUGUUCCACUCUACUUUUCUCUCAAGCAUUGAGAAAACAUAGCUUACACCUACAUAAAGAGAAAUUAUAGUAAAAAAAUGUAUAAAAGCUGUAUACAGUAUACAGUAAAUACAUAGUAGUUAUAUACUUAGCUUUCUAAAGAUGGACCUUUUAAGGUUUCUCCUGAAUAGCUUCUUUCACAUCCAGCAUACAAAAAAAAAAAAAAAACAUACGGGGUGGGGUUUCAGCUGAUCCUAGAAAAAGAUAUACAUGAAAAUAAUAUUGCAGUAUUGCAACAAUGUAAAUUGCUAUAUAGUUAUCAGUUCCACUCAAAAGAUAUUUGAACAUAUAGUGCCUCAAAAUCUCACUGGUAUUUCCGAGGGGUCUGCCAAUAUACCUAGUUUGUUGACGGUCUCCACGGGAAUACUCAAGAACACCGGGUGUGAAUUUAAAAAGAUUAUUCCAAUAAAUAUUAAAAGCAAAAAUAGGUCAUGUUCAUUUUUUUAAAUUCAAAAAGUACAGUUUAAUUAGUAGGAUGCCUUGACUGGAAAGGGAAGAAAACGACCAUAAAGAACAAUGUUUUAUUUAGCUCGUUCUUAAAAUAUCUUAUGAGUAAAUCCCAUAGCAUCACUGUAUGAAAAGUUAAUUAUAGCACCAAUUUCCAAAUAACUCAUUACUGGCAAUUUGUUUGUGCAAUAACAUCACUCAUUCAUGAUUCAUUCACAAAGCUGUUUUUCUUGACUAUAAAUCAUUUCUGACUGGUUUGAUUGAUAUGUUUAGAAUAAACAUGGUUUUUUCUAAUAGCAGUAUUUAUUUAGAAAGAGAAUAAAGUGUCAACGUUCCAUUUCUAAUUCAAUAAGAAACACAAUCCAACAUAUAAAGGAACAUCAAUUACAUUUAAAAUUGUUAUUGAACUCACCUGAUUAGGAGGGGAGACAGGGCAUUGAGUCUGCAUACUCCUGUGGUUAGUGUUUUGCCUAGGUCCCGUCACCCUAUGAGAUUUGAGUAUUAAUAUCAUAAUGAUAGGGGGCACUAAAAAGGAGGAAAUUAUAAAAUAUAAGGUAACAAAUGUACCUACAUGCCCCUUUGCAAUGUGUGGUGGGUAAAAGCUUACCAAUGGAAUCAGGUGGACAGUCAUGCUGGAUGCCAACUCCCUAACUAGUAAAAUGUCUGGCAAAAGGUCCCUCACCCAUUUGAAUGCAGUGGGUAAGGGGUUACAAAUGAAAGACAGGGGUCAGAAAAAAAAAUUAGAUUUAGGUAACUGAACAGAUAGAUAAAUGUUAGCUAUAUGGUUGUAAAGAGCCCAGAGGCAUCAACACAACAACCAAUGUUGGCAGCGUAAUGGACUCUAUGGAAAGCAGGCAGCAGAACAAGAAGAAUCCAAUUAUUGUAUAAAUGCUAUAUGUCAAUCUAGGCAACAACUCUGGUAACACAUCUGACUUAUUAUUUUAUUUUAUUUAUUUAUGCUUGUUUGUUUGUUUAAGAUAAACUUGGCUAUUUUUUGCCCAGCUUGUCCCCUUCAAGUUUUAGAUUUGUUAAAUUGAAGUAGAAAACUAGUAAUCUCCAAAAAAAUAAAAAUAAAAUAGAUUUUGUUUUAAACCUUUAUUUUAUAGAUGUUGACAUGUGCACUGAAAUGGACCAUGGAUGCCAGCAUACCUGUGUUAGCGUUCCCAGUUCAUAUUAUUGUGAAUGUAACCCAGGGUACAAACUGAAUGCAGAUGGGAAAACAUGCUCUGGUAAGUUUAAGUGUAUACAUUUUAUCUGAAUAGUUUAAUUUGUGCCAUAUGUAUUGCAAAUAUGUUGUGUAAAAACUACAUGUUUACCAAAUGUUCACUAGUAAAGGAACACUCCCAAGUACCGUAACCAUUAUAGCACAUUGUAGUGGUUAUGGUUCUAUAGGUGCCCUGGCACCCUUCUCCUAAUGUAAGUAGUCAAACCUUUUAUUAAUGACUUGACUUCUUACCUAGGGACUUCAUGACUCCAUUACCGACCUCCUCUUGGGCUCCACUCAGAUGACCCUGCAUCGCAGGGAUUACCUCAGGAGAGGUAACAUAAACUCCUAUCAGGAGCUUUCACUUCUGGCUGUGAGGAGGUGGAAGUGGCACCUUGUGAAUCGCAGAUAAGAAGUCAAACUGUUACUAAACAAUUUCACUAUUUACAUGAGGGGGAGGGGCACCAGGGUAGUGUGUUGUAGUGGUUAUUUUGCUUGGAGUGUUCCUUCAAUGUGACUAAGCUCUGAAUAAAAAGCUUCUACAACUAUUUUUUGGGGUGAUAGCCUGGGAUGAGUUGUGGCAUAACCUGUGUGAUGGGAGUUCUAGUAGAGAAAAUGGCAGCCACAAUUUUGACUGCCUAAGUAUUCAAAUUCCUGUUGGAAAUUGAAGCUAAAGCAAAACUCUGCAGUGUUUAGCAUCACAGUGAUUUAUUUGUUUGUUUCUAAUAUUUGGAGGAGUUAAAGCAUGUUUUGAUAUAAAGAAAAUUGGCUUAGUGCUUGAAGGGUCUCUUUUAAAUUCAUGACUAAAAUGGGCUGAAAAAAAGGAAAGGUUCCUAAAUGGAAUUAAUGAAGAGCAGUUGAGAUCAGUGGUUUUGAAUACUGGCUUGCCAUCUUUCCCAAUGAUGACUGGUGAAGUUUAAUGAAGAGAUGAACCCUCUUAACCCCAUGAGAUGGCAUGCCUGAUUCAAAACCAGCUAGAUCUCCAGUCAUCAUAAUUGGGAGAAUGUAAACUGCAGGUAAAACCAUGACAGACACAUGUCCUUUCAAUGCAGUACAGCCUUGUACUCAGACAUAAUUUGCUUGAAUAUCCUUACUGUUUCAGUUUUCUCUUAUUUGCUUCCUUCGAGGACAAUCAUUGGUUGUUUGUUUCUUCUGCCUGCAAUGCUAACCGCUUUAUUUUAACUUGCUUUAAUAAAAAAAAAACUUGCAGAUUGCAGACCUCAGCAUGUAGUUAUCCAUGUGGACAUUGUCCACUUUUCAGAAUUCUUUUAACCUAAAUUCAAUUUAAAUCAUUAUAUUGCCAGUUUUGUGUCAUAAAUCCUUGGCACAUAUGAUGUUUUUACAUCAUGCCCUUCAAACAUUUUACUUUAGAGUUUACAGUAAGUAGAUUGUUUUAUUCCUCCGAAUAAAGUAUUUUAUUCCUUCUGGAAAGAAGUAUACAUUUGAGAUGUUGAUCUCUAACUUAGUUUUUUUGUUACCCGGAUAUUGCUGUUCUUAAUUAAUUUCUUGAAACUGGGCUAUCUAAGUGGAAUUGCCCCAAGUCAAAACAUGUGUCACACUUCUGCACUCACGUUUCUUAAAUUUACAUUUUGUUUAGCUUGUUAUAAACAAUGCUUUUAUUAAUUCAUUGUACGUUUUGUUGGUAUGUUGCAAUUCCUAAUCUUAAAAUAAAAGUAAGUGAUUGAAAACUCCCCAUAAAUACUAAAUACAUAAAUCUUUUGUAAAGCAUGAAAUAUUUAUUGUGUGAUACAACAAAUGCUUGAUCUAAGUAUUUACAAGAAUUGCAUAUGUAAUUAGCACAAAAUCUUCUCUCCUUGGAACAUAAACAUCCAUUCAUCGCCCAUUUUAUAGGGCAAAAGUCAUGUCUAUUGUAAAUUGAAACUUUUCAUGCAUGACUACUUAAUUCAUCCAAGUCUAAGAAUAUUGAGUACAAUUAUUACCAUGCCCCAUCAAAUUGUUCAUAGGAAUAAUUGAAAAUAAUUCAAUAAUUCCUCUCUAUUUAUUUUAUAUUUUGUGUAACCAUAUCUAAAUAUUCAAGUUUUAUAAUUCACCAGAUUACACGUUUUCACAGCGUCUAAUAACAAUAACUAAAACUAAAUGGUCCACUUAAGGCCAUCAACAAGUGUCCAGAUGUACUAGGCAUGUUACAAGGUAUGACUUAUUCCAAUAUUAAAACUAUUGUACAUCAUAAACUACAUAGUUACAUAGUUACAUAGCUGAAAGAGACUUGUGUCCAUCAAGUUCAGCCUUCCUCACAUUUGUUUUUGCUGUUGAUCCAAAAGAAGGCAAAAAAAUCCAGUUAGUUGCAAUUUUGCAACAAACUAGGGGAAAAAAUCCAGUCAGAAUGGCUGUCAAAUAUAGAAUACUUAAAUCCAAAUGUGUUAAAGUUGUUGCAACUCACGAUGAUUUUUCAUUUAUGUCUGCAUAAUAUAUCUUUUAGAUAACUGGAGAUUUCUUUUUCAGUGAUCAAUAUGUGCCUCCAAGGAAAUCAUGGAUGCGAACAACUUUGCGUGAGCUCCCCUGGUUCUUAUUCAUGUGCCUGUAGUAGUGGCUAUCAACUAAACAAUGAUAAAAAGACUUGCUCAAGUAAGUCUUGUCACUCGAAGCUGGAUAUUGAUUGUGUUUUAUAACAGCAAAUGCACAUUGUGAACUGUGACAACAAUUGAUUAUGAAUAUCUGUAGAGCAGAGGGUUGACACAAUGUACUCCGUUUAAUAUUUUGGGAUACAUUUUUCAAAUUAUUUAAUCAUUUUGGGUACGUUUUUAAAAUGAUUCUUUUGAAAUAUUACAAUGUAAAAAAUAUUAAAACGUGUUCUUCAAAAUAUUAAAUCCUUAGAAAAAAGUAUCCAAAAUUAAUACAUUUGGGCCAAUGUGGUUUAUUCACAAGUAGUACUGAACUGAAAAUUAAAUUGUAAAAGUUAGGCUUAUGAUAGAUGUUUUAUAAAAAUUAUAAAACUAUAGUCACAGCUUAGCUAUUCAGGCCAGAACUUUUCAUCAAGAUCUCUCAUUAAACCAGGACAUGUAGACAAUUAAUAGGAAGAUGUCAGAUUUUAGGCCACAAUAGCUAAACUGGAAAACAUAUCUGUGUUGGAAAAUAUAUCCCCAAAACUAAAUAAGCAAUUCUCUUGCUCCACAAAGGAUUCCUAAGUUUACAAUUUAGUGAAUAACUCUAACAGAAUUUAUGUCAACAUUGCUGAGUUUUACAAACAACAAAAUGUUCAGUGCUUGUUACAUGCAAACAUUAACGGACCUGGAUAAAGGCUUCUUCAAACAGCAGCCACCACCUCUGUGACACAAAGUAAAUAGCAAUACAUGGAGGAUUGGAAAAGACUUUGCUUGUAGUGCAAAUGGGGCUAUCUCUUGUCUGAAGUCUAUUUAAAGACUAUAGAAAGAGAUGGAAAUAGACAGUUGUCAGUUGCUACAUCAAACUCACAAUUAAGAAUGCUGUUGCAUAUCUUAGAUUUUCCUUUGUAAUAUAGAGUGAAUAAACUUAUGUUGUGAUUAUGUAUCACUCACCAAUGUGACCAGCAUGAUACCUAGUGUGCAACUGGCUCUCAUGGCAUCUGAUAACCCUGUUAUACCAAGAAUGUUAUGAGUGAGCACAUAGCUGUGUUGAUUGGUAGACUUGUGCAUUUGUUUUCAGCUGAAUUGCAAUUUGUCUGAAUUUAAGCUUACUAGCGGGUUGUCCAGAUUACAUAACUCUGAAGCUCCCAGUGGCAUCUCCAGGAUUCAUAUUUAGGGGGGGGCACAUGACGUGCCAGGGACAAAAGUAAGGGGGCAGUUAUAAAAUGUGUAUAUAUGUGUGUGAGUACAUAGACUGACCCAUACACACACACACACACACACACACACACAGACAGACUGCAUCCUCACACACAGACUGACCCAUACACACACAGACUGACCCCAUACAUACAUACAUAGACUAACCCCCCACAUGCACAUAGACUGACACAUACACACAGACUGAACCCUCCCCUCCUCCCCACAUACAGACUGACCCCCACACACAGACUGAACCCUCCCCUCCGCCCCACAUACAGACUGACCCCCACACACAGAUGAAACCACCUACUCCCCCCCACACACACACACAGACUGACCCCCCCCACACACACACACACAGACUGUCCAAUACCACUCACACUUACUAGCAGGUGCCUGGAUGCUUCUGUGCAGAGCUGAACUCUGCCUGUCUCCCCCCUGCGCUGCUCCACCCACCCCUUGCACUGCUGCUGCAGCUUGUGAAGGGAGGCUUGGUACUCCUGGCUUCGAUUUCAAUUGGGGGGGCACAAAAGGGGGGCACUGCAUGAUGUUAGGGGGCCAACACCCUGUGCCCACCCCCCAUCCCCGGUGACACCCCUGGAAGCUACACGUGGAUCUAUAGCCGAACAACAGACUUGAGCAAUGGAAACACAUAUUUGUUUAAAUCCUCUGUGGUGCCAAUAAAAAGAGAUUUGUGAUGGGAAAUACACAUAAUUGAUGGUUAGAGGCCAGCCAUGUAAUGUUGCUAUUAUCCACAGAUCAAAUAAGAAGUGACUAUAAAAGGAAAAAAAGGAGAACUGGCCAUUACUUUUCAAAAUCAUGUGCUUUUUCUACCUGCAACAUUGUCAUGCAGCACUGAAAAGAAACAGGUGCAAAAUAGUAAGCACUGGAUCAGAGAACUGACAGUCCAACAGAAAGUGCAUAAAGAUUGCUGUCAGAAAGAGGGGUUUAAAUAUACACGACUUAGAAAAAAAAAUAUGUAAAGUUUAUAUUAAAACAAAUUGAUGUUCCUUUAAGCGUCCUUUAAGCGCCCUUUAAGGGCUCUUUAAGCGUCCUAUUGUUUUCUGUUUAACUCAGUAGAAUUUAGCAUUUAAAACAAAACCUGAAACGAAUUCCUGGCAUAAUUGUUUGUUUGUUUUUUUUUGUCUCAUAACAAUGUAUUUAUUUGGAUUCUGGACAAAGGCUUCACAUUUUUUGUUGAUAUUUAUAAGCCCAUUUAGUGUCGACAAUCAACUUAUAAAAAUGCAAUAUCAGAUGGAAUGUCAAUGUGAUUGUAAAAUGUUCUAUAGAUAACCUGAAGAUCUUCCUUUUCAGUAAUAGAUCUGUGUGCCAAGGGAAAUCAUGGAUGUGAACAACUCUGCAUUAGCUCCCUUGGAUCUUACUCUUGUGCCUGUCAUACCGGUUAUCAACUAAACAAUGAUAAAAAGACUUGCACAAGUAAGUUCAUAUUUUUCUUAGAACACAUUUUUUUUAAUCUGGUUUAAUAAUUGACAUGAUUUUCUUUUCUUUUUUUUUUAAGAUUUUUAAAACAUAGACAUAAUAUUUCCAAAAAGUCAGUGUACAAAUCAGACCUCUUCCAAUCCCUACAAAAAAAGACUGUUAAGAACUCGAGUCAAAAAUUUGACAUGCAAAAUUGCAAAUCUGUUUUACAUGGGUAAAUAGCAAGGAUUUUUAAUCUAGAAAUAAAGAUUAACUUAAUUAUAUUUCCCCAAUAUGUUAAAAUAAACAGCAAAUCUAUUUGCGGAGAAACAGGACUUGUAAUGUUUCUUGUAAUCAUGUUUCUAAAAAUAUUGGCAUAGCUUUCUGCAUGCUUGUUUUCCUGUCCUUCGCUCUGUCUGUCUAUUUAAAAUUAUACAUAAAGUCCUCAUAAAACACAUUGAUAGGGGGGCGUGGCCUGACAGCCUAAGGAGACAGUCGCAUGGUGCUGGAGCUCCCCAGGAAAAUACACUAAUUGUGUCCAAAAGUGGACUUUAUUGUUCUUUUAUCGGCUAACAGUUUGUUGUAAAUCCUGGGGAACACACUGCUAAGCAUUUGGAACUCUCUUGUCUGAAACUGGAGGACAAAAAAAGUUUUUGACUAGCUGUCUACAGCUGCACUCGGAGAGAAGGGUGCAGGUGACCCUUAGCCUUGAAUUGGAGCCAGUUACUCUUCUUACCUGGUGUCAGUCAUGUGCUACUCCUAACCUCCGAUACAUCCUGUUUAGUAGCUUUUGGACUAACCUCAGAGCUUCCAGCUUUGUGGUAGAUGUUAUCAAGGCAGGUAGGGUGCCAGGCAGACCCCAGGUAAUAAACCUUCUAAAAAGUUUUUACUAAGUCCAAUGGGAGCGCCAGGGCUAUACUGGCAAAAUAACCACUACAAUGCUGGUUUUUGUGUUUUUGUAAUAUAAAGCUUGUUUUUAUAAGUAAAAAAGUUUUAACUCUUUAAUUUAAAUAUGGUUAUAUUUUUAUUUAUUUAUUUUGUAACCUUUCUGCUAUGAAUUGGUUAAAAGCACCAAUUUUGUUGUGAUGUCAGACAUUUUAAUUAAACAUGCUCAGAUAAUUUGAACUUUUCAAUACCAUGGAGCCUUGUGUCUUGAUAACAGAAGGAAACGUGUCAAAAGACGGGCUUUCAUUUCUUUCCAACAUGAAAUAUUUGUCUGAACAAGAUCCCUCUGUAGGUUUGAUUAAAUCUGAAAACAAAAUCUAUAAAGAACUUUCAUGUCUGUCCAGUUUUGAAUGAAAUAACUUGUGAAAUAGCCCUGACCUUUUUCUAUACUGAUUUAUUUCAGAAGAAAUGUCAUCGUGUUAGUAAUAUUACACUGAAUACACUUGGACAACAAAUUAGCUCAUGACAGAGUUGGGGGUUUGUUCUGCCAGUGUUUAAUCCCUUGAGUGACAGGUUUAUACCCAAUGCAAAGCAAUACACAAUUGCUUUAAUUCCUCUAUAACUCAAAACUUAGGUAAAAUGGUAUGUGAUUACUUAAUGCUUUUGUCUAAUGACUUCUAGUGAUUAACUACUGCUCGUAUGGGAAUCACAGCUGCCAACAUGAAUGUGUGAGCAUUCUGAAUGGCUACUACUGUCGCUGCAAUGAAGGAUAUACUCUCCAGAGUGAUGGAAAGACUUGUUUGGGUAAGUGUACUAUAAAGUCUUUCCUUUGCUCAUAAAAUUACAUAAGGAAUUUGUUUUAAAAAAGUGACAUCUCAGUCAUUACAUUUUGUAAUUAACAGUGUAAAAAAGUACACUAAACUUGCAUCAUUUAUCAGUCUAGACUGCAUUGCCACUGAAAUAAUUAGAGGAAUAUUUAAAUAUAUAUAAGAAGCAGCAUUGCUGCUAAAUUCAGAUACACUCAACGUCAGUUUAGAGAUCCAAGUUUUUUACUACCAAGACUUGCAGACUGGCAUAUGAUGGUAAUUAAGCUCAGCUGAAUACGUAGCUGAAUUCAGCUAUUAUGGCCUACAAUUCGAAUUUCAUUCUGUACUCACUUUGAAUUCCACACAAUGCACUAUAGUGAAUAAACCUGUUAAAAAGAACCCCCAAAAAAACAAACAAAUGAAGCUACGCAGCAAAAUAAAAGUUUGUGGUAUGGCUACCAAUAGCUUGACAAGUAGUUUCAUUUGUGCUUUUCAUGAAUGAAACUACUUAAUAUUAAUAAUAUAAAAGCUCUGACAUUUACACACUGCUUCUGAAAACAAUAUAUAGAACAACUUGCUGACGCUUUGGAUUUGCAGCAAAUGGUGAAUAUUCAGAACCAACAAAUUUGAUUUCUGACUAGGACUUUUUUUCAUAGACUUUAAUGGCAGAACCCACUGGUUGGCAAUUGCCAAAUUACACAUCUUUAAAAUAGACUUCCAUACAUCAGAGUUUACUGAAUUAACAGAACUAACUAUUUCGUUUCAGCCAAUGACAUGUGCAAUGUUUUGGAUCAUGGUUGUCAGUUUAAAUGUGUCAGUACUCCUGGUUCAUACCACUGUAUUUGUCCAGAGGGACAAGAUCUGCAAGCUGAUGGGAAAACAUGCAACAGUAAGUAUAGCAAAUACUGGUUAUUCUUUGUAUUCUGAUUCCAUUCUGUUUGUCUUAUACUCUACCCAUUCAGAUAAACCAAUGGGUGGUUAUUACUGUUGACCAAGUGGGUAAAAAGAAGAAAGGCCCAUUCAGUGCUGUUCGAAAUUGAACAAGCACAGUAUAUUGUGGAGUCAAAUACAAAUCAGAUCCCACUAUUGUUUAGGCUAAAAAGUAAAUAUUAUAUGUUGCACAUGGAGAGGUCUUUUUUCUCUAAGGAAAUCAAUAAUCUCUCAAUCUCAGAAAGAUCAGAGGGGAAAAUGGAGAAAAAUCCCAAAAAUAAGUAUAUCACUUCAUCUAAAAGUGUGAAUUGAAAGGGAGUUAGUUACACAUAAACAAACAUUAGUUUAUUUACUAAAAUAAGCUUUGUGGAAACCUGGAUGGAAUUUGUAAAUUUUAGAUCAAGGUACUUUCAGCAAUUACUAAACAAUAUUUCCCAUAUUUCACUGCCAGACAAUAUGUUGGAAAAUGGAAAGGGCCACGGUCGAACUUCCCUGCUAUAAAAUGUGAAGAUAGAGCUUGUAAUCGUAAUGAAGCGCAAACAGGUCUAGAGUUUAAGAGAACCUUUAAAUCAGGGGUGGCCAAAAUAUAGAUCUACAACUCCCAUGAUGCCAUAGAAAAAGUGUCUGUUGGUAAUGAAUGAGGGGAACAAAUUACCCUCAGAAAAUCUAAUGUGGGGGAUGAUAAUCGAUAAAAUCCACCAGUUGUGAUAGUGUAGUUUUUAAAAUUGCAUGUUUAACUGUUUCAGAAAAAUGUGAAAAACAUAUCGCAUUGUAAAAACGUUGCCCACAGAUUUAUUUUUUUUAGGUCCUAUUACAAUCCUAUAAGGCAUUUAUCUUUUUUAAAAAAAAAAUAAAAGAAAUAAAACCUUUUUUUUUAGUUUAUUAUAGGAUUUUAAAAUACAAGAACAUUAAAGGUCAAAUAGACAUCAAAUAAACAUACAAGUAACAAUCAGUCAGAAGCAUUCCCCAAAAGAGAAUAAUGUUACAAAUGCUAACAAAAGUAUUUAGCAUGAAAAGUAGUAUUUAAGAGAAAUUAUGAAAAAUUGUUAAUUCUGUUUUGUAGCAAUACUAAUUGUCAAUUUUUUUUUUGCAGAAUGUUCUACUGGUAACAUUGACUUAGUGUUUGUUAUUGAUGGUUCAAAGAGCGUCCGACCACACAACUUUGAACUUGUAAAGCAGUUUGUAAUUAAGAUAGUAGAGAAUCUGGAUAUUUCUGCCCAUGGUACACAUGUUGGGUUGGUUCAGUACUCCAGUCGGGUGCGCACAGAGUUCCCUCUUAGUCAAUUUAAAACUGCAAAUGAUAUCAAGAACGCUGUGAAGAAUAUACAGUAUAUGGAGAAAGGCACAAUGACCGGUUUGGCACUCAAGCAUAUGGUGGAACAUAGCUUCUCUGAAGAGGAAGGAGCCCGGCAUCCUUCAAAGAAUAUACCAAGAAUUGGUUUGGUGUUUACUGAUGGCCGAUCUCAAGAUGAUAUUUCUGAAUGGGCUAAGAAAGCUAAGGAAGCAGGUAGGAAUAAUUAAAAUUCAACAUAAUUUAUUUAAUAUGUGGAAAUAGGCUUACAGUACCUGGAACCCUAGUCUUUAUUAAAGGUACAGAGACCAUGAAUACUGAUUGGACUGUAGGUUUUGGUAAAAAUAAACUUUUUCUUUUGUAUUUAGGAUACAUAAUCAGAAAACUGAGGUGAAUUAAAGAUGUGGUGAUUAAUCCUCUCACGAUGGAUGUAUGGGAGGAUAGAUAGAUGGAUGAAUGAUGUAGAUCAGCCAAAAUAUAGUUUGCUUAAUUUUAAGUAAUCUCAACAAAAAUGAUUAAUUAUUAUUUUCUGUGACAGGUAUUACUAUGUAUGCCGUGGGUGUUGGUAAGGCUGUUGAGGAUGAAUUAAAUGAAAUUGCAUCAGAACCAGUUAGCAAGCAUUCCUUCUACACAGCAGAUUUUGGUACAAUCAAUCUAAUUGCUGAGGAUUUCAAGUUGAACAUUUGUCCAGGUAUGUUAAAUUAACAUAAUUAACAGGUUUAAUUAACAUCAUGUUAACAGUUUUGCAGCUUACAUUGUUUUCAAUUGCAAAUAUAGAUGCUAAGUUUGCAUUAGUCAUACCAACGAAAAUCAUUUAUCUGCAUUGGGCAGUAUGAACUAAAGUUCAUUAGUGAUGUUGUACAUACCACAUUUAUUUGGAAGUUAUGUGCAAAAUAAUAUGUCAGUUGCAACACAUGUUUACAAAAUGUAUAUUGAAAACAAGCAGUACAUCGUAUUAUUAAAGGAGUUUUUGUCUAUCGAAUAACCAAGUUCCCUAAAACUAUCCUUCAUGUUUGUAAUCAGUAACAAGAUUGGCCACUCCAAGCACCAGUGAUUGUCAUUAUAGUCUGUGUGCAGGGUUUCUCAAUGAAAUUAUGCAUAUAAAGAGUUAAAGGCCUUUGCAGGCAGACAUGUAACUCCUCCCCCAGCAGAGUCAUUAGCCAGCUCAGAACAAAAGACAGUGGACCUCAGAACCAUUGUAAAUGGUCCACAGGUCCACUGUAAAUGGAAUUUUCUCAUUACCAAUAUGUGGCCACACCUAUUAAUUGUGUAAUUUAUUUUAACCACUUUCUACCAAUAACUAAGCAUAAAUUACUCAUAAUUGCCUAUUUAAUUAAAUAAUUAAACAUUGAAUGAAUAAUGAAUGUUAUGAAAAGUAAUUACUAUCGUCAUCAUUAUAUUUUGUGUUUUCAGAGGAAAUAAAAGGAGAGACAGAGUUUAAGAACCCAUGUGACUGUGAGCACCUGGUCAGUUUUCAGUCAAGCACUCUUACAACGCUCGGAAACCUUUCUGAAAAACAUAUCCUUUUGCCAUUUUAUUGUAAAGUGAUCCAAUUUCCUAUUAAAGAGGGGACACUAAAAAAAAAUGCCAACACAACAUGUGGCAGCAUUGUUUUUAUUACAGCCCUUUUUCAUGCAUGUUUUAACAAACCUUAAUGGAGACAUCUGGACCCCCUAUUAUACAGUAUGGAGAGGGACCAGAAGGACAUGGACUUAAUAAAUAGCAAGAAACCAUACAAAAAGUUAGAUAGAUUGUAGAUUACUUUCAGAAAACAUGACAUUUGUGGCGUAUUUAGAUUAAUCAUGCAACAUUGCAUUAAUUUGAGAAUUUGUGAUAACAUUGUACUCAUUUUGGACAUUUAGCAGUUUCAAGGUUUGAAACUUUGCUUUGAGUUUUAAUUACGUCCAGGUGGAGCACAGGUCUAGUUCGUCCACAAGUCUUUACAUAUAUUCUAAUAGUAGUAAUUAAAGACUGUACAAAAGCAUGAAGAGGUCACUUGCAACAUAUCUUUCUUCUCUCUAAACUAGUGAUAUUGUACAUAGUCCUAUUACUACUCCCAUAUAGGCCUCGGUGUGGGUGUUGGAGACCAGGAAUGUCAUAACUGCACCCUCUUCUUCAGUAGGCCCCCUUGUAGGCAGCACCACUGACAGCUCUGUGCAAUUAAAAUAUCCACAAAUGUCUGCACUGCUAUUGGACUUUGUAGGAUAGUAUGAACAUUGCAGUUUCUCUAACACUGAAAUCAUUUACAUUGCAGGAUUAAGGGCAUAGGAGCAGUUGACUCAUACCACUUCAAUAAGAUGAAGUGGUCUGGGUACCUGUAGUGUCCAUUUAAUGCAUUUAGGGCAUAAUGACACGUCCUGCAGAUAUGGUCAUAGCAGGGGUAAUUCCCUGCUGACAAAAGGGAGCCCCAGGUAUUAAUUGAUAUACCUGUGGCUCCACUAAGUCUGCAGGGGUCAUUUUUAUUGGCCCCAGUCUUUUUGAUAAGAUGCAUGCAGCGCUGGAAGUCAGCAAUGCAAGCAUCUCUUUAACUAGGCAUUUAAAUGCCUAAAUAAUGAUCACAGUGUGAGAAGAGAUAAAUCCCUGCUCACACCACUAACCUCCUGGUAUCAAUGGAUACCUAUAGCUCCUGGUAGUCAGAUUGUACCAUUUUAUGUGGCCCCAGACUGACUGCCUACACAGAGACCUUUAAGCUAUUUCAGUUGCACAGUUUCAGUAUUUCUGGGCUGCAGGCUGCUUUAGAAAGUUUCCCCAGGGUGUGAACAGACUUUGGCAGGGUCUCCCAGCCUGUCGCUGAAUAUGACCGGUGCUGAGCUUCGCCUGGUGCUCAGCACCAAUCUCAGUAUAAUUGACUGGGGACCAGGCUUCAUUCAUAAGUACAAUAUGUAGAUGGCACUUACAGACCACUAUCUACUGUGUUAAAUAGUAAAAUCCAUUUCUAAUUGCAGAACUGAUAUUAGCAGUGGUUUACAUUAUGGCUAGGUGUUAGUAGAGGGGUUAGGAUUAUGGUAGUGUUGGGUUAGAUUUGGGUAUAUUGUAUUGUAUUGUAGGGUUUUAGUUAGUGUUAGGGUAGGGUUAUGGUUAGCUGCAGGGUGAGGGUUAGGGUAAGGUAACAGUUAAUGCUGGGUAUUGGUUAAUGCUGUCUUAGGGUUAGGGAUAGUGUAGGGUUAACUGUAAGAUUAGGGUAGGCAUACUGUUAAAGUUAGUGUGGGGUAAAAGGGGUAUGGUUGGUGCAGCGCUAUGCGCCAGUGUGGGGGUUUGUAUAGGGUAAGCGUUAACUUUCAAACAUUAAUUUAGAUCUCAUACAUAUUUAUUAGGCAUUCAACAACCGUACAGGGUUAACAACAUUCUCACCAACUGACAUAUGAAUCUAGUUUGAGUUAUUUUUAGAUGCAAUGGAUGUGUAAAAAUUAUUAUAAGCAAAAAUAUAUAUUUCUUUCAAUUUUUUUCCUUUCUUAAAAUUUUAUUUACAUGUAAUGUUUGGUAUAUCGAUAGGAUAUUAAAUUAAAUCCCCUUCUGUGCUUUAAAAAAACAAUAUAUUAUUUAAAUAGGGGCACUUGAGCAGAAACCUUUACAACCCUUUUAGUCUCAUGAAAUGAAAAAUGGAAAAUGUCUUUUUUUUUCUUUUUUUUUAUAAUCUAUAAAUAUAAUUUGUAAAAAUAAAAAAUAAAAUGUCUUUAAUGUUGUUACAUAUUGCAGGUGGUUUCAUUGUGAAACCACUGGGCUUCUCUAAAAAUAAUAAUUUCAUAGUUUCUUAUGAAAAUCUGCAAAGCAGUUUUUUUUAUUUUUGUUAUUGAAUGUUUUGCAGAAUGAACUUGUCCAAUGUGAUUCCUUAAGUGUGCACAUCUACGAGAUGGCCCCGACAUAUGAGCCGCUACAUAGGGUUUGAACCUGUUUUGUUGUUUUUGCAGCCUAUUCCGGAUAAGUGUUGAGGAUGAGGAUGCCCCAACUAGGCCUGCAAUUAUAGACAGUCAAAAUUCUUUACAAAUAAUGUAG